AUGCCGAAGAAAAGAACGGACCGAAACGUUAAGCAGGGUCUUCUCGGCUGUUUGCCGGUGGUCUUAGUUCGGCUUCAACUUCGGCGCACCCUCGACUACGGUCAGCCGAAUAACAGCUUCUUCAACGGCCUUCGGACCAAGCAGAUGGAAGGUGCAGCCGGAUCUGACGUUCAUAUCAUCAGCUGUCUUGGAUCGACGAAAAAUAUUCUGUCUGAAGACGCGGUGCUACAGCCUUGA